AUGGCAUCAAUUGAAGGGAUUGAUUCACAGAAACUCAAGGAGAGAAGAAUUAUAGAAAAGCAGGAGUCAGAGCUCCGCAAAAAUAACAACGCAAAGAAGGGCCCAGGCGCACACCACCCUGGUGUGAUUGGUUCCCUUAAUUCACGACGACAAUCGACCGUCAUGUCUCCUCGGCGUUCGGUGACGGCAGCACGGCACUCCGUGAUAGCUGCACCUAACAUUACGAGCCGUCCCACUUCAGCCUAUAACCAAGAUAUACUCGAACGCAACCUUUUAGAAGAACUUUAUGACGAUCGGGUCUUUCUACUGAGCCUUGCAUCCGACACCUCGUUUAUGCGUUCGGCGGGAAAAGUAAUCAGUCAAUGUGUGGAAGAAGGGUUACACUACCUAGAUGGGCGGUUAGAAUAUUGGAGAAUGAUGAAUCCUGUCGGACGUCCUGCCUCUUCAAAGCGAACAGCCGCAGAGAAGCCGAAGAAGACGGCCAAGUACAUGAAACGACCGGCUUCUGCUUCUCUUUGGGUUGGCAAUACAGGGAAACCUUCGGAAACUGAGAAUGUGCGCAAAGUAGUAAGGCCCAAGUCUGCAGUAUCUCAACGUGUACAGUAAUAAACAUCCAUACAUGGCUUUUACAAUCGG